AUGGCGGCCUCCUUCGCAAAAGGGAGUACGUCGUUUCAAGCAAUUCAGGAAGAAAGAAGAGAACAGGCUGAAAGGUCGGUCUUGAUCAGCUGCCCGGCUAAAAUCAAUGAAAAGAAGUUUUUAGAUGAACUCUCUAAACACGGGACAAUCAACAAGCACUUCUUCUACAGUAGCUACGGAACAUAUGCGGUUGUUGAAUUCUCUAGCAGAGAGAGCAUCGCGUCAUUGAAGGAGAGCACAAACAUACCAGCUGUUCAACAUGAAUCUGCUGUUCCCUUCAAAUCCCGUUUGCUUUCACUCAAACAAACUGGGUCUGGCAGUCAUCCUAUACCCAAUUUCCAGGAGCAGUCCCCACCAUCCAUCAAUGACCUUAACAAACUGCUCUCUGAACAGGACAGUAUAGAUGAGCAACUGCAGUGUCUAACCAAGGCCUUACAGCUAACAGAAGAGAACAUCAGCCUGCGCUUCCUGGUCUGUUCUCUGCUCAGAGACAUAGCUGGGGCAUAUUUCCCAGAAUGCAUUAUCAGGCCUUUUGGCUCCACCGUCAACAGCUUUGGCAAAUUGGGUUGUGACCUUGACAUGUUUCUGGACCUCGAUGGCAUCUAUGCAUCAAACCAAAAAACACAGGGCUCAGGUCUGUCUCUGGAGUACCAGGUAAAGAGAGGGGCAUCGGAGCGGGUUGUCACACAAAGUAUCCUCUCAGUCAUUGGGGAAUGUGUAGACAAGUUCGGCCCUGGAUGUGUGGGGGUCCAGAAAAUUCUCCAAGCCCGAUGUCCUCUUGUACGCUUUGCUCACCAACCCUCUGGCUUUCAGUGUGACCUCACUGCUAAUAACAGGGUGGCCAUGAAGAGCUCAGAGCUGCUUUUCCUGUAUGGGACCCUGGACCCUCGUGUUCGGCAACUGGUUUUCAGCGUGCGGUGCUGGGCUCGAGUUCAUGCCAUCACAAGCAGUAUUCCAGGUGCAUGGAUCACCAACUUCUCUUUAACGGUUAUGGUGCUGUUCUUUCUACAGCAGAGGAGUCCUCCAAUAUUGCCCACCCUGGACCAGCUGAUGGGAUUGGCAGGACCAUCAGAUAACUGUGUUAUUGAAGGUAAUGACUGCACUAUUGUCAGUGACCUCAGCAAGAUUACAAUGCAGAGUAACACAGAUACAUUAUUAAAACUGUUGCAGGAGUUUUUUGAAUAUUAUGGCAAUUUCCCCUUUAAAAAGUCAUCAAUCAAUAUUAGGAAGGGAAAGGAGGAAAUCAAACCGGAAGCAUCCGCUUUGUACAUCCAGAACCCGUUUGAAAUCACUCUAAACAUUAGCAAGAAUGUUAAUGCAACACAGCUAGAACGUUUCGUGGUGCUUUGUCGGGAAAGCGCAUGGCUCCUCCAGCAGGGCGAAGUUCUUAACCGAAGUUCUAACCAAACAGCAGAUUCUGUCCCAGCGUGGGGGUUCGCCGCUCUUCUCCUUCCUUCAGUCACUUCAGGAGCAGGGGUGAAAAGUCGAAGGAAGAGAAAACUGGAACCUGCUAGUUCAAGGAUAAAAAACCUGUUAGACUCUCUAAAGAUCAAAGGUGCAGACACUGCAGCUAAGAAGGGAAGCACCAAUCACAGGAGGUGAUAUGCGUAAAACAUGUUCCUCGGGGAACAGGACAUCCUCAGAGUCGGCAAUGAAGAACUCAAGUUUUAAAGACCAAAAUGCUUAAAGAGGGGAACAUGAGGGGUUUAUUUCUACAUUGCUGUCUGUAACGGUCCAACAUCAAGACGUUGUUUUUCCCUUUGUGAAAACCUUAAGCUCGUUUUUCAUACCACUAGUGUUUUACAUGAAAGGGAAACUUUGCAGAUCACAUGUCAUGAUAUGGCGUAGGAAGCAAAGAUUUAUUGCAGUCUUUGACUGGUGUGAAAAUGGAGCUUGAUGGCUGUGUUGCUGGGCUGAUAACAGCAAUCAUAGCAGUGGAGCAGAACCUCUGAACGGUAAAUGACGUUCAUAGAGCAGAAGUGAAGUUUUAAUUUAGCUCGAUCACACACAGACUCCAUCCUCUCUACGUUGCCAUACCAACACUGGGGCCUAAUGACUGAAUGAGACAUAAUGAAAGACG